GGAAAAUUUGGCACGUGUUUAUAAAGCAAAAAAAAUUCUUGACAUUCUGAGAUUUGAGAUUUAAAUCCACAACAUUAAAAAAAUGGAUGGAUCCAAAAAGAAACCAAAAACCAGUCAUCAUCAUCAUCAUCGUCAUCAUCAUUCAUUGGGUAAAGCGUUCUGUAAAACACAGAUUAAUUUACCAUUCCCAUAUCCAAUGUUGGAUUUGAAAAAGAAAACAAUAUGGCCAUUUUCUAAGGAAGAAUUUUUCAUGAUCGCUAUUGGACGAUUAAUCGAGAAGGAAAAAUUAAUUUCCAUUGAACAUUUGCCUACUAUUUUAGCAUUGAAUAAAAUGGGUUUUUUCGGUGCACAUUCUAGCCGUGAAAUUAUAUUCAAAUCAAUGAUUGAUUCAACAACACAAAACAAUCGACAACAAUCACAAAAUAAACCAAAAUUUACGGUCGGAUUUUUUUCACUAAAAACCGUCGAUAUACCAUCGGCAUUGACAACAUUUAUUGGUGAUACAAAUAAACUUAAAAAGAAUGAAAAUCAAAAUUCAACGACAACAACAAAAGAUCAGAAAACAUCAUUCACAAAUAUGAAACUUAAUUUGGAAGAAGCUUAUUUCCUGAGUUAUGUGUUUGGAAUGUUGAAAAUUGAAAAAAAUCCCAAAGAAUUUUAUGGUCUUGAUGAACUAUGGCAAUGUUGUUGUCGGUUAUCCAAUGAUGAUUCAAAAUCUGGUGGUGAUUGUACUAAAUUCGUUACACGAUUUGCUGCAUAUUAUUAUUUUCGUUCACAAGGAUUUAUUGUAAGUAAUGGUUUUAAAUUUGGUGUCGAUUAUUUGCUGUAUGAAGAAGGACCACCAUUCAAUCAUUCACAUUAUGCUGUUAUUGUUGAAUAUAAAUACGAUGAUGAUGAUGGUGAUCAAAAACAAAAUGAAACAUGCAAAUAUAAUGAAAUAUCUGGCCUAAUACGAAUAUCGAACAAUUCACGAAAAGAAUUAAUUCAAUGUACAGUGAUUAUACCGGCAACAUAUCGAUCACAUUUAUCCGAUUGUGGACCUGGUUGUAUUAAAUAUUUUCAUAUUAAUCUUAUUCAUUUACAACGUCAAACAUUGGAUACAUGGCAAAAUAAUAGUGGUGGUGGUGGUGGUGGAUGAAAUUGACAAUUUUUUUUGUUAAUAAAAUUUUUUUUUUUUGAUUUUAUAAAACAAUCGAUAUUUUUUUUAAAUAAAUACUAUUGCGAUAGUGGUGUUGUUGGCGGAAAAGUGUCGUUCAUCACUAUCACACAAUUUUAUUUAUUUUUUCUUUUGUUUUUUGUUUUCAUUUCGUUUUCUUUCUGUUUGUUUAUUUGUUUGUUUGUUCAUUGGAUUUGAUUCAGAAGGUUCGAAGGUAAAAACUUUUUUUUUCUCAUUCCAUUUGAUUCUUUCCAACUUACAUUAUCGUCGUCGUCAUCAUAGAACCUCUUGGCCGUUGAGAUGCCGACCCUACUGAUCGUAGAUUGGUCGGUCGGUCG